CCUGGACGCUGGGCGUGCGCGCGCACGGCGUGGCGCAGCGCGCGCUGCAGCUGGCCCCGCGCGACGCCGCGCUGCGCCUCGUGGCCGCCAACACCUGCUACAACAUGGGCUGGCUGCGGGAGGGCGUCGAGCUGGCCGAGGCGGCGCUCAGGAUCGAGGAGGAGGGCGACGGCGAGAUGGAGGCGCGCGCCUGCCUCUUCGUCGGCAUCGGCUACCAGAUGAAGGCGCAGAGCUCGCACGACCGCAUCGAGAAGGAGGCGGCGAACGAGGCCUGCCGGCGGUACCUGGUGCGGUCGGCGCGGCUGGACGGCCGCGACCACCUGGCGCUGUACCACCUGGCGCUGCAGCAGCUGCGCGAGGGCGCCCUGAACGAGGCCAUGGACGCGUGCCGCGCCUGUCUGGCCGCGCGGCCGGAGUGCGCGGGUCCGUGCCCCUCUUUGCCCCUCUUUGCCCCUCGCUCCUCGAACGGUCCACUGCCCCGGCGCCCCGCGGGCCGAGCGUCCCCGUUGCGGCACGUCGCGGAGGCCGGGAGUGCGGGAUUGCCUCCUACCGUGCGAACCGGGCAAUCCCCGGUCUCGCGACGAACACUUAAAGAGGCGAAUGAGUGGCUGAUACCCGUACCGAAUAUGUAAAAAAACACUGCCUUACUUUAAGAUAUUUUCUCUAACCUUUUAUAC